UAUUCUUCUCUAUAAAAGUCCACAACGGGUGUAUUCGAUUUCACAUCUCUCUCUUCUCUAUCACCACCAUCAUGUCGACCGUCGUAUUGAAGAGAACAAACCAGAAGAUGCCGCUGGUUGGCCUUGGCCUCUGGAAGAUACCCAAGGAUUCGUGCGCAGAUACCGUAUACAACGCCAUCAAGGUUGGAUACCGUCUAUUUGAUGGUGCUGGAGACUACGGCAACGAGAAAGAGUCCGGUGAGGGUGUUCGCAGGGCCAUUGCAGAUGGCCUUGUCAAGCGAGAAGAUAUUUUUAUCACUUCCAAGCUCUGGAACACCUUCCACGCUAAGGAACAUGUCCACGCCCUUGCUAAGAAACAACUUGAGUUGUGGGGGAUUGAUUACUUUGAUCUCUUCCUCAUCCAUUUCCCGGUCUCUCUCGAGUAUGUCGAUCCCAACCACCGUUACCCUCCUGAAUGGUGGGGUGAUGACGGCAAAGUUCAUCUCGCGAACACGCCCAUUCAAGAGACUUGGACCGCUAUGGAAGAAUUAGUUGAUGCUGGUAUCGCAAAGAACAUUGGUAUCAGUAAUUUCCAGUCAUCUUUGAUCCUGGACCUCUUGAGAUAUGCUCGAUACGAACCCCAGGUUCUUCAGAUUGAAUUGCACCCCUACCUCAACCAACAACCACUUGUUGAUUUCUGCAAAGCUUGGGGUAUUGCGGUUACUGCAUAUUCUUCGUUUGGACCUCAAGGAUACAUCGAGAUAGGCAUGGACAAGUCCGCAGCUAGUCUUCUUACGACCGACGCGAUCCAACAAGUAGCGGCUGCAACCAAGAAGACCCCGGGACAGGUUAUCCUUCGAUGGUCCACGCAACGCGGCAUCGCGGUCAUUCCUAAGAGCACCACCGAUGACCGCCUCAUUGAGAACCUGGGCAAUCUUGACUUCAACCUGUCUGAACAGCAACUCAAGAGCAUCAGCAAUCUCAGUAUCAACCUGAGGUUAAACGAUCCAGUUCUCAUCGACCCUCGCCUCUCUAUCUUUGCAUAAGUGACGAGUCAUAAAGAAGUAAACGUGGCAUGUAUACUAGCAAGGUACAAAUGAAUCAGAUAAAGUAUUGCGAGUGAUUCUCGAGUGUUCUGCGCAGCAUGGAAUGCUAUGCGCAAGCUAUGCUUGCGGGA